CACAAAGGCACCGCAUGGCAUGGCUGUUGUUGCUCAUGGGGAUGACCGACCCGUCUGGCUUAUGUAUGAAACUAUACGGCACCUCCACCAACACCACGGGAAUGAGUAUGACUGGUUUUACCUUGCACAAGAUGAUACAUACACACAAGCUGAAAGGGUCGUGGAGCUGGUUAAUCAUCUUAGUGCGGGACAGGAUAUGUACAUGGGACGGGCAGAGGAGUUUAUCGGGGGUGAAGAACGUGCCCGAUAUUGCCAUGGUGGAUAUGGGUAUCUGCUGUCACGUAGCCUACUAGCCCGACUGCAGCCCCACCUGGACUCUUGCCGAAAUGACAUCCUCAGUGUCAGGCCAGACGAGUGGCUUGGUCGCUGCAUCAUCGAUUACCUGGGUCUUAGCUGUGUGGAGAAGCAUCAGGAGAUGACAUACCGUUACUUUGAGCUGCAGAAGAACGUGGACCCCGAGCGCGAGGACAGUGCACAGUUUAAGAACGCCUUCGCUGUCCAUCCUGUCUCUGAACCUGCCCUGAUGUAUCGCCUACAUAAACGCUAUAACCAGAUUGAACUGGACUGGACCUAUGCACAAAUACAGCAGUUACAGAACCAGAUCAAUAACAUAAGUGAGCUCACUCCUGAGGGCAAAGCCGGAGCCACCUGGCCCAUCGGAAUCAACCCACCUUUCCGACCCAAAACCCGCUUUGAGGUGAUCAACUGGGAAUACUUCACCGAAGAGCACAUUUAUUCAUGUGCCGACAGCUCUCCAAAGUGCGAGCUUCGAGGUGCGGACAGGGCAGAUGUCAAUUCAGUCCUGGAGACGGCAGUGGGCCGUCUGAACGAGCGCUAUCAGCCUCAGUUGCGCUUCCGUAAGCGCCGUCUGCUGAAUGGGUACCGGCGCUUCGAUCCCACACGGGGCAUGGAGUACGUGCUGGAUUUGGCCCUGGAAGCUUUUACGCAGAAAGGUCACAGUCAGGUCAUUGCCAAACGGGUGAGUCUGCUGAAACCGCUUAGUGCUGUCGAGAUCAUCCCAAUGCCAUAUGUAACAGAAGCGACACGGGUACAGGUGAUCCUCCCUGUGACGGCACACGAUCAAGACUUUGUGGGUAACUUCCUUGACAUGUAUGUCAUGAAUGCUUUGGAUACCCAUGACAAUGCUCUUCUCACCUUCUUGUUUGUGUAUGACCCCUUCGAUGCCCAAAGAGUCAGUCAGACAGAUGUCUUUGCAGGUGUCAAAGCCAUGAUUGGUGAGGUAGAGAAACGUUACGGUGAUGUAAAGAUUCCUUGGAUUAGUGUAAAGACUGAAGUUCCCUCACAGGUCAAGCUGAUGGACAUCAUCUCCAAGAAGCAUCCAGUAGACACCCUGUUCCUUUUGGCCAGUGUAUGGACCGAGGUCAAUGCUGACUUCCUUAAUCGCUGCCGUAUGAAUGCUAUCAGCAAUUGGCAGGUCUUCUUCCCGAUCCACUUUCAAGAGUACAGUCCCUCUCUGGUCUAUCGCGACCAACAGCCUUCCGCCGCUUCAUCGUUUGCGUCCGAGGCGCUGCGCGAUGGCCACUUUGACCGCCACGUCUUUGAAGAAGCCUGCUUUUACAAUGCAGAUUAUAUGGCUGCCCGCACAAAGAUGGCAGCUGACAUUUUGGACAAUGACGAGUUGCUUGAGAGCAUGGACGUCUAUGAGAUCUUUGUGCGUUACUCUGGGCUGCACGUGUUUCGGGCUGUCGAGCCAGCACUAGUUCAGAAGUAUGUGCACAGAGAAUGUAACCCACGG